AGGACGGGUGGUAAUCCUAGCUCAAACAGAAAAUGAGUGGUAUCACCCAGCUCUGCUGAGGAGUUCACAGGUCGGACAUUUCUUUCAGAACGCUGCUCGGACCAACACGGACACGAGCGAGGAGCAACAUCUGUCAACCGGAAAUCGGCCAUGAAGAAGUCUGCCCCGCGUUAGGUUUUUGUCGGGUGCAAUGGACAACAGCAACGCGGUGAAGCUCUUUGUUGGGAAUCUGGCGUUGGAAACAACACAAGAUGACCUUAUAGCGCUUUUUGCCCCUUACGGAGAGGUGGAGACGAUUACUUUACUGAGGCAGUUUGCCUUUGUCCAUCUGCAGGGAGAAGGGGCUGCUGACCGUGCCAUCCAUGAUCUGAAUGGUCGAGAGUUUCAUGGUCGCAACCUCGUAGUUGAAGAGUCCCGAGGGAGGCCCCUCAACUCUAUCAAAGUAUUUGUGGGGAACCUGAGUGCUUUGUGCACUGCUGACGACCUGCAUGAACUGUUCUCUCGUUUUGGAAACGUCUUGGAGUGUGACAAAGUAAAAACCAAGCUCUCCUCCUCAGCAGGCUACGCUUUUGUGCACAUGGAACGCAAAGAAGAUGCAGAGAAAGCCAUUGAGGCCCUUCAUGGGACCUCAUUCAAGGGCCGCCCGCUCUCUGUGGAGCUCUCAAAAGUUCAGCAGACAAAGCCAGCAGCUGCUUCCAAGGUCCCAUGUGCACGUUGUGGGAUACAGGGCCAUUUUGCGGGAGAGUGCCCCACCAGGCCGCCCAUGGAGCACCAUCAGAGUCAGGCGGCAGUACUGGCCGCUGCAGCUGCAGCAGCUGCUGGACUUCCCAUACAAGUACAGCAGAGUGUGCACAACUCUUUCUUCAACACCACAAGCUCUGACCCGACAUACGCAGCCCUAAAGGGCCUGACUGAAGGCAGCGGAUCAGAUGGCAAACCAGUUAGUGCUGCGGUCUAUGGUGCCUUGGCAAGUCAAGUGUACGGCACUGUUGUUGACCAGGUCUUAAGUUCAUCAAGCAGCCAGGGUGCAGACCCUGCUGCAGGAGAAGCCCCUUCAGGUGCUGCUGCAGUGAACCCUGCUUAUGGUGCGAACUCCUCUCUCUAUUCUAGCCCAGCCUAUGGGACCAUGGGAGGGGGAGAGUCUGACCCCCAGGCCAUCUUUGAAGCAGCUCGGGCGCGUUUCAUUGAGCAGGGCCAGCAGGUGCUGGCUGAGCAGCAGGCCAUUACCAAAUCAGAACGGGAUCGUAGCCCAGUGAGACGUUCAGCUCCACUUUUGCCAGACCCGGUUCCUCAGCCCCUCUCCCAGGCAAGACCCAAACGCCGUGCCCUGCUUCCCACCCCUCCUGGUGGACCAGAACUGCCUUCAGCUAAAGAUGGAGACCCUAUCUCAAGGUGCUAUGCGGAGUACUACCAGCAGUACCAGCAGUACCAACAGUACCAGCAGUAUCAGCACUAUCAACAGUACAACUACUACUAUCCGCCACCACCGCCGCCUCCACCUCCCCCGAUGCCUGUCAUGCCCAUGCCACCUUCAGGACCAAUGGAUGGCCAUCACUUGGCUGCCCCUGGAACCACCGAAUCUCCAAGAGCGUAUGAGCCGCCACCAACACACAAGGAGCCCCUCCUCCGCCAUCCUGACUACUCCCACCUCCACACGCCAGAGCCCCCUUACCGAUAGCCCCCACAACCUCACACGCACACGUGGAUGAAUGUGUUUGUUGAGUGUGUGACAGGGUGUGUUGAAUGUGUGUGACGGUGUUGGUCCUGCAUAAUAACAAUGCUGAAGAAUUUGUGGAAAGGGAUACGAUAAAUAUUUAUAUCAAAUUGAUGCACCAGACUUUGUUCUUGUUGCAAAGGUUUCAUUUGAUUUUUUUUCCCCCAAAUUAGUGUCAGAUGACCCAUAGCUUUCAAAGGUGUACAAGGUUGGUAUUUUUACCACCUGUCUUGGUUUGACUUCUAGUAUCAUCAGAAUUGACAGGUGGUUCAAAAGGCAAAUGUGAGUUUAAAAUAAUUUUAUGUCUCGCACACUUUUGUCUGUCUUUGGAAAUCUGGCAUCAGCCCCUGUCAGAAGAAUGUGCCUUGUGCAAUUGUUUUUGUAAACAAGUUUUCCACAAAUUUAUAAUAGUUUCCAAACUUUCAAAUUAGUUAU